UUUAGUGACCUGAUCCAGAAGAUGGGCAAGAAACGGCUGUCAGUUCCUGACACUGUCUUUUACGACAUAGAAAGUGAAGAAGAGACAACUGAAAAGCAUUCAAAAAAGAAAAAAGAAAAAAAUCAGCAACCAAGAACAAAGAGGCGCCGAAGCAGUGCGAGUUCCGAAGAAGAGCUUGUCGAACUGAGUCGGCUCGAAAAAGAGAGAAACAUUACGAGGCAGCUCAAGAAAAAAAACAAAAGACUAGAGGAAAGAAUAGAAGUACUCGAGAAAAGAAAUGACAAGCUGCAAGACAUGCUGCAAAACGAACUCAAAACAUUGGCCAGCCGUUCCUGUUGCGGCCACCAAUGCAGCACAUCUACUAAUCAUGGCGCCUAUGAACAUGAGGCCACCCACAGGAGCAUUCAAGAGAAGGCAAGGCCGUUGCAGUUCAUGCAGCCAUCGCCACCGUCGCCACCACCACCGUCGCCACCACUACCGUCGCCACCACCACUAUGGCCGUGCUCGCCGUUGUCUCCACAAGGGUGGUCAGCAACGCUGCCUUUGCCACCGCCGCAGCACUUAUUGCUACCAGAGCCUCCGUCGCCUUCUUCAGAGCAGCCACGGAUGCAGCCAUGCCCAUUGAUGCCACCGGUACCACACCCUGGAACCACUUCAAGUGGUUCUCAAGAACCUACCAGCCAGGGUUUGGGUGCCAGUGAUGAACUGCCGCUGUUUUUCCAGGUGGACAAUCAAACUCACCUAGGAAACGGCAUAUUCCUGGAGCAGGAAAAAUGGGCAUGGCUGCUUUCGCGUCCGAGAGACAGCUUGUUCUGUAAGGAGGCGACCAAGCUUCUGUGUGGUGUGAGUGCCCUCCACAACAGGAGCAUCACAGGAGCCCCUUGUCGGCGCUAUGUGCGCUCAGAAAACCAGGCAUCACCCAGGAGGGCACUCACGCCUAAGAAAUUGGAGGCAGUCGGAAAUGCCUUCAGCAAGUACAUUGCUGGGAGACCCAGUGAAACGGCACCAAUGGAGAGGUUAAGAAAAAUGAAUAGAUUCAUUGCUGAAAUGUUGAACGACCUAAAUAAAUGAGUCGUCAAAACAUUA